AUGGCCGACGUGGAUAGCCGCGUCGCGGUCGCUGCGCUUACCGGAGGUCUCGCACUGGUCGGGUUCCGCACUCUCCGGCGUUCCCAGGUGCUAACACAGGCACUGCCGGGGCCCCGCCGCACAAGCAUCGUCUAUGGCAACGCGCGCGAGUUUGGCAAGACGCGCUGGCACGACGGCCAGCGCUUUCCCGAGCCGUUUGUCACGUGGCAAACCGACUUUGGCGGCGCGUUUUACUACCGGGUGUUUUGGCACCACCGCGUCAACCUGAGCGAUCCGACGUCGCUCCAGCACGUGUUUGUGGUCAACGCGGCCAACUACCCCCGUGCAAGCAUCCCACGGGCACUCUUUCAAAACUUGCUGGGUGGCGACGGUCUCCUGAGCUCCGAGGACCCGGCGCACGCGGCGCAGCGCAAGCGCCUCAACCCGCACUUUGCGCAGUCGGUCUUUAAAGCGUACAUUCCGGUAUUUGCCGCCGAGACGGAGACGCUCGGCAAGACACUGGACUCGCUAACCGGACCCGUGUCCGUUCCGAACCUGAUGACGCGCCUGACGCUCAACAUCAUUGGCAAAACAGCGUUUGGCUACGACUUCAAGACACUGGAUCCGACAAACGACCAGGCGGCGAUCGUUCUAAGCGCGUUCGAGAAGCUCAACACGCCACCGCGCUUCCUCUACACGCUCGGCCUGACGCUAUUGCCAGGGUUCCAGCACUGGCCGCUGCCCUACUUGCGACAGAUCCAAGCCGCCAAGGCGACGCUCUUUCGCAUCGUCGACGACGUUAUCGCACACAAGGUGACAUCGCCAUCGCGCGACCUCCUCGACCUCUUGCUUGCCGACGCGGCGAUGACCGCCGCCGAAGCCCGGGUGCACGUCAUGACGUUUAUGUUUGCGGGCCACGAGACGACGAGCAACACGCUCUCGUGGGUGCUGGCGAUGCUCGCGACGCACCCUACUGUCGAAGCCGCGGUCGUCGACGAGUGCCGCCGCGCCUUGGCCGACGCCGGCGGCACUGUAUCGUGGCAGACGCUGGGCGAUCUCCCACUGCUCACAGCGACGAUCUACGAGACGCUGCGUCUAUACCCGACAGCCCCGUUCAUUACGACCCGUCACUGUGUCGCCGACGAUUCGAUCCCGCGCACGGACGACGCUCCGUUCUUCAUGCCAGCGGGAGCGCACGUGUCGUUUAGCGUCGGCGCCAUCCACCGCAACCCACUGUACUGGACCGACCCCGACGCCUUUGUGCCCCAGCGCUUUCUAGACGACUCGACUCAAGCCCUCGCCGACAAGGCGCUCCGGAACGGCAAGGGCAAUACGUUUACGUACAUGCCGUUCAGCGCCGGCGCCAAGAAUUGUAUUGGGAAGCGCUUUGCUGUUGCUGAAAUGCAGACCGUGCUCCUCCAGUUGCUACCCACGUAUGCAUUCACUUUGGCGCCGGACGCCAACCUCCACCCGAAACUGACUGGCGUCACGAUCAAGCCGAGCAACUUGGUCAUGCACGUAUCGCACCGCGCAGCGUCAUGCGCGAAAGGCAACACGACCAAGUAG